AUGGCUUCGACAGCUGUUCAUCUGCCCUGGUCCCAUGAUCUUGUGGACUCGGAAAAGUUCAAAAUCCCUCUCGCUGAGAACCCUCAAAAUGUUCGAACUACGUUGACCUUCAGCAAAGAAAACGAAGACGGUUCUGCUCCACCUGCGAUGUACAUUGGGAAACCAGAAAGCUACAAUAGACCCAUCACCACCCUUCCUGCAACUAUCCAUGAUAUCAGCGGCCAUGAACUCGACUACACACUUGACAGCCAUGGAUUUCAAUUUUAUUACCACGAAAGCAAAAUGAAGGAAUUUUUUGAUGAGAAGAAGAUCAGAGCAGAGUACUAUCUAGAGACGGAGCGACUGCUCAAAGACGUCACGGGUGCCACUCGUUUCUGCGUCUUUGACCACACCAUCCGUCAAGCCUCAAAAGACUGGACUACUGAGAGAGAUGCCCGUGGUCCUGUCCAACGCGUCCACAUCGACUCAUCUUACGCCGGAGCUGCGGCCAGAGUCCGCUACCAUUUUCCUCAUGAGGCACCAGAACUCCUCAAGCACCGCUACCAGAUGAUCAGCGUCUGGCGUCCGAUCCAAACGAUCCUGAAGGACCCACUAGCGGUCGCGGAUGCACACUCCACGCCUGAAAGCGAUCUUUUCCCUGUCAAGAUUCAUUUCCCUGAUCGACAGGUGGAGGGGUGGGCUGUUAAAGCUGAUCCAAAAAUCAAGUGGUACUAUCGCUACAAACAACCGCCGGAGAUGGUCACUUUGAUCAAACUUUUUGAUUCUAAGGUUGACGGUAGGGCGAGACGGGUGCCGCAUACUGCUUUUGUUAACCCCGCGACAGAACAUGAGGCACCUAGGGCGAGUAUCGAGCUCAGAGCUCUCAUUUUUCACCCGGAUGAUCCUAAUUAA